UUGCCAAAGCUCACAAGAUAUCACAAAGGGAAAUGGAUAUAUUUUGGCUAGUUGUACUCAUCAUCUCUCUCUCUUAUCCCCCAUUGUCCCAUGGAGCAGCAGACACAAUUUGUGGAAGCAAAUAUAUCACAAAAGGGAAAACCAUUGUCUCUUUAGGGGGGAGAUUUGAGCUGGGUUUCUUCACACCAGGCAAAUCCUCCAACUAUUACAUUGGCAUUUGGUACCAAAACAUCUCGCCUCAAACUGUAGUUUGGGUCGCAAACAGGAAUAAACCUAUCCCCUCCAUCGAAAUCAAUUCCGCCAAACUACUAAUCCUCGAGGGCAACUUGGUGCUCACGACCGUGACGCAAGGCGUGGUGUGGUCCACAAACAUCAACUCCGAUGUUGCCUUGCCGCAACCUGUGAUCGCAAGGCUGAACGACGAUGGGAACUUGGUUUUGAGUUACAACCACACGGAAACACCGCUUUGGCAGAGUUUUGAAAACCCCACGGAUACGUUGUUACCUAUUUCAAAGUUUGGAUUCAACAAGCGCACCGGAAAGGGGCAGGUUUACACAUCGUGGAAGAGUUCCGAAGAUCCAGCACCAGGGUUGUAUACUUAUGCCAGGGAUGCCAUUGUAUCAUAUAUGAAGUGGAAUGGCACCGAGGAAUAUUGGAAUAGUGGACCCUUUAUGAACACUACUCAUCAAUUUCAAAACUUGCCUCGUGACCUCUGGACUGCUAUGCUCAAUUCUACCUUUGUGAACAACGACAACGAGACAUACUAUAUGUACACCAUUCCAGAUCCCUCAUUCAUAACUAGACACGUCGUUGACAAAGACGGGCAAGUGAAACAAUGGGCAUGGAUGAACACUACCAAGGACUGGCUGUUCUUCUAUACUCAACCCGUACAUCAAUGCGAUAUCUACGCCUAUUGUGGGCCGUUUGGCAUCUGCAAUCAGAACUCCUCGUCAACCCUUUGUACUUGUUUGCAGGGUUUCAAGCAAAGAUCAGAGAAAGAUUGGGGGCAAAACUACUUUAAUGGUGGAUGUGUAAGGAUAACCAACUUGCAGUGUGGGAAUGAAGAGGAUAAGUUCAAAGAGUAUCCCAAUAUGUUGUUACCUAGGCAUCCUCAAAAUGUGACAGUUGGGAGUGGCGCAGGAUGCAAAUCUACUUGUUUGAACAAUUGUUCUUGCACUGCCUAUGCUUACCAUGAUGACACCCAUGUUUGUUCGUUUUGGGUGGGAGAACUCUUCAAUUUGAAGCAACAAGAUGUUGGCGGGAACACAAUCUACAUCAGACUUGCUUCCUCUGAAUUUUCAAAUGUCAAAGAUAAAAAUUCAAAAAGGCUAUCAGGAAAGGUCAAAGUUAUUGUACCUAGUGCAGUAGUUGCAGCAACUCUAGUAUGCAGUCUUGUCUUUGUUUGUUAUUUUAAAACAAAGAGGGCAAAAUUACAAAACGCAGAAAGUGGGAUGGGAGAUGGAACGGGAGCCAUUGAUCUAAUGAUAGGUGAAGAUAAUGAUGAAGGAAUUUAUGUACAACUCUUUAGUUUCGAGAGCAUAUUGGCAGCAACGGUCAAUUUUUCCGAUUCAAAUAAACUUGGAAAAGGAGGGUUUGGUCCGGUUUAUAAGGGCAAAUUUCAAGGAGGGCAAGAGAUAGCAGUAAAAAGAAUGGGUAGUCAUUCUAACCAGGGCAUGGAGGAAUUUAAGAAUGAAGUGCUACUAAUUGCAAAGCUUCAACAUAGAAAUCUGGUUAAACUUUUAGGUUACUGUAUGCAAGCGAAAGAAAAGAUCUUAAUAUAUGAAUAUAUGCCAAAUAAAAGUUUGGACACCUUCAUAUUUGAUCGAACACGUUGUAUGUUAUUGAAUUGGAACAAGAGAGUUGACAUCAUAUUGGGAAUUAUUCGAGCACUCGUUUAUCUUCACCAUGACUCAAGACUGAGGAUUAUCCAUAGAGACUUGAAAACGAAUAACAUUUUAUUAGAUGAAGACUUGAUGCCGAAGAUCUCAGAUUUUGGCUUGGCUAGGAUUGUUGAAGGAAAAACGAUAGAAGCAAACACUAAAAAGAUUGUUGGCACCUAUGGAUAUAUGUCUCCAGAAUAUGCAUUAGAUGGUUUGUUUUCAACAAAAUCAGAUGUAUUUAGCUUUGGAGUGGUUAUGCUGGAAAUUAUUACUGGAAAGAACAAUAGUGCAUUUUAUGAGCAUGAAGAAGUCUCCAACCUUUUAGGUUAUGUAUGGAAGUUGUGGACUAAGGGAAACACAAUGGAUUUGGUAGAUGAAUCAGUCCUACAAUCAUGUAAUGAAGAUGAAGUGUUAAAGUGCAUAAAUGUUGGACUGUUAUGUGUGGAAGAAGAUCCAAAUAAUCGUCCAAACAUGUCCAAUGUACUUUUAAUGCUUAGCAAUGAAAAUACGGCUCUUUCAAAGCCAAAUCAACCAGCUUUCGUUGCAAGGACACACACUUCAGUCAACUCUAAUACAGUUGAGAUUGAUAAAUCGUGCUCCAAUGAGUUGACAAUUUCAGAUCAAGAAGGUCGAUAGAGAUAUGGAUAAUGAUUAAUUAGCAUCAUAUCCUAUAACUUGAAGUUGCAGUAGAUUAUAAAUAUGAGUUUUAUGAAAUAGGAGUAUAGUUCAUUGCUUUGAAUUGUUCCAUUUAUUUUGAAUUAUUGUUAGUUAUUCAUGUA